GCCAAGCUGUGUGUUUGUGAUCUCCUGGUGGCACAGUGUGAUGUAAAUUGCUGCUGUGACCCUGAUUGCAGUGCAGCAGAUUUCAGUCUUUUUACUACAUGUUCAGUUCCUAUUGUCACAGGUGACAGCCGUCUUUGUAGCCAGAAAGCUGCUGUAUAUUCACUUGAUGUUAAAGCAAAUCCACCAGAAAGGAUAUUUAAAUUAAUUGACCAAGUCAAUCCCAGUGUUUUCUGCAUUCAUACUACAAACUAUAAACAAGCACUCUCCUUCAGUUCCCCUGAAAUGCCUACUUCUGAGAAUUUUGAUCAAUUGCUUAGACGGUUUGGAAGUGCUGCUUUCAGUGCUGAGCCUGACAGCUGGAAUAUGAACACAGACACUCAAAAUCCUUCUGAUGCAAAUGAAACUUAUAGAUACAAGUAUGGUGUUCCUAUACAGACAGUGGAUGCAUUCCUAAGACUGCCUAGUCCUGUUGUCUCCUCUUGGUGCUCUGAUGCGAAUCCUGCAGGUUUUUUAGUAAACCAGGCUACAAAAUGCACUAGAUUAGUAAGUGUGGAAAAAUGUGGCAACAUUCAAGCAGUUAGUAUGCUGUUCUAUAUCAACUCCAACAUUUUAGCAGUGCCCAAAUCAAGUCAGAUGGUUAAUAUUACUGUCCAGUCCAUAGUUGUCCAGUCUCUGAAUGGAAUGCAGACUUUACUUAAUGGUAACGAUGUCCUCAGGCUCCCUAUGAUUUUGGGUGGACUGUGCAUAAAUAUAGUUUUUGGGGUGAGUUAUCACAUUACUUACACAGAUGCAGGAGAAAUAAUAGAAGCAGCUGCUUCUUUUGUCUUGGGGGCAAUUAACAAAGAAGCACUUUCAAUACAGCAGAGCUUUGAAAUCAGCUUUACUCAGGUAAAUACAAAGCCAGUUCCUCUCAGUGGUAAUCCUGGUUAUGUUGUUGGACUGCCUGUAAGAGCGGGCUUCCGGCCACAAGGAUCUGGCAUCAUUCAGAAUUCUAACAAAUACGGUCAAUUUACCAUUUUGCAAAGUACAUCCAGCAAGGACUGUCUGGCAGCACAAGGAGCCAGAACCCCGAUAUUAUUUGGUUAUAACAUGAUGUCAGGUUGUAAUUUACGAAUUACUGGAUCUGUGAGAUGCCAGCUUUUGACUCAGACCCUCCUAGAUUUACUGAAGGGACAAAGCUUUCCUGAAUAUGUGGCCUCAUUCGGAAAUUCUCAAGCCCAGGAUGUGCUCGACUGGGUGCCAAUAACUUACCUCCACACCUCAGAACAGAGCUCGUGCCAAAUACCAGUAUCACUUGAAAUAGAAGUGAAGUGGACUAAAUAUGGAUCCCUAGUCAAUCCGCAAGCCAGAAUAGUGAACGUUACAGCAACGAUCACUACCUCCACAUUUAAGCAGCUUCCCUGGGGAAGGGAAAGGACUAUUCCUAUAACAAGUUCUGUUUUUUUCACUGAUAUUUCUUCACCUGCAGAGCCAGGCUAUAAAGCUCGGCCCACCAUUAAUGCCAAGUUACCCUUUGAUUUUUUCUUUCCAUUUGUCUAAGGUAAGUAUGCAUCAAAAAAACCACAAAAGCCACCAUAUUUCUGCUUUUUCUCAUUUUUAGUCCAUUUCCUAAAGAAGUGAGGUUUAUCCAGUCACUGUGAUGGGCCAUCAGUUUCUUC